AUGGAGUCUCCAACGGGGGCCGCUCAUGAAGACGUGCUCCAGCGACCCCAAGAGCAACCUCCAAAGAAGCCAAAGCGCUUCCAAUGUCAUCGAUGUCAACGCAUGUUCGCUCGCCUAGAGCAUCUUCAGCGACACGAAAGGACACACACCCAGGAGAAGCCCUUUGCCUGUCAGCUCUGCGAUCAGCGCUUUUCUCGAAGCGACCUGCUAGUCAGGCAUGAAAGGCUCAACCAUGAUUCCGACAAAGCUGUGCCCAAUGGCGACGUGUCGAAUUCUAACGGCGCAUCCAACACCUUUCCCAACAAGCGCCGAAGAUCUACUAUGGAGAGCAAUGUUGGGCUGCCGCAACCUCAGCCUGCCCAGCAACCACUGAUGUCUCCGUCAUACCACCCUUACAAUCAUGCUCAACCAACACCAUCCGAUGUGAAUCACGGUCAUCAGGAAAUGCCUUUCGCCACCCUGCUAAUGGCAGCUGAACAAGCCCAUCCUGCUCAACUGCCACCAACUCUGACUAGCCACCCUAGCCAACUUCAAGUCCAAGAGGGUGCUUACCAGCAGCAGCCAGCCAUGCUGCCUCCACCACCGCAACAGCAAGCACAGCCACAGCCGCCAAUGCAGGCCCCAGGUGACUCCAUUCUACCUCAGCCGUUCAGUGGAGUGUACGACUUCGAGGAUUCACUCAACGACCUCGCAAACUUCAUACACAACGACAAUGGACCGCUCGCAACUUAUCACUUCUCCUCCUUCAUCAACUCAGAACAACCGAUACCCUUCUUCUCGCCCGAGUCAUUCACCCACCAAGGAGAGGUGAUGCCAUCGACGGAGCCUGUUGAACGAGCUGCUCACGGCGCGGCUCCUGACACUCAUGACGAUCAUGGCUCGUUUUCUCGCUAUGGCUCAAGGUUGCCAUCUUUGCAGCCCGAAGAUGGCGCAAAUAAUGAGAAGCAUCUCAAGGAUGACCUUGCAAGUGGAUCGCGUUCCAUUGCUGAUGUCACCCAGGACGAUCGCCAGAAAUUGUCUACCAAAUUAGAAGAGUUCAGCCCGAUUCUACCACCUCAUUUUCAACUGCCUACUCGCCUCGCCCUGUCAAGAUACGUUGCUGGCUAUAUCAACGGAUUCCAAGAACAUCUACCCUUCUUGCAUGUACCUACGAUGAAUGUGGACAAUUGCUGCAUCGAACUCUUCCUUGCCAUGGCUGCUGUGGGCGCACAGUACUGUUUCGAGGGUGAGAAAGGUGUUGAACUUUUCACCAUCAGUCAGAACAUCGCCAUACAGCGUAUCAAGCAACGCGACAACCGCCUUGCAGCUUUCCACAAGCAUGUGGAAUCGCAGAAUGGCGGUAGCAACGGGUACCCGAGGUCGCAGAUGGGCGAAACUCCAAGGAGUACAUCGAUCUCGGGCCCACUCGGCCUACCAUCUCAGUCAGAGGAUGCAGGGCCUCUGCUCCAGCGUGAAGAUCUCAUCCAGACUGCGCAAGCGCUACUCCUGCUUAUGGCUAUGGCGACAUGGGCCAAGCACCGAGAGAUUCUGCGAGAGGCGCUCGCCAUUCAGAGUGUGUUGGCGACACUGGUCCGAGAUGACGGCUUGAGAUUCAAUGAACCUCCACCUGAUGUCGAAUGGUCGGUAUGGGCGCGUCAUGAGAGCUGCAAGAGAACAAAGUUUGUCGUGUACUGCUUUUUCAACCUGCAUUGCAUCGUCUACAACAUCCCGGCGCUGAUUCUGAAUUCUGAGCUCGAUAUGACUCUACCCUGCAACGCAGCCGAGUUCAAAGCCCCGUCUGAGUCCAAAUGGAGAGAAGCAAGAGCUAGGUCGACUGUGCCCGAGAUGAGAUUUCAAGACGCUCUCAGCAGACUCUUCUCGAGAGGUAGUGGCUACGAUGUUGCGUACAAUUCAUCUUUGGCCAACUAUAUCUUGGUCCAUGCCCUGAUCCAGCACAUAUUCUUUGUGCGGCAAGUAUCCCGAUAUCGCCUAUACAAUUCUGGCGAGCUUGCCACCGAGGAUGUUACAGCUAUCGAGCACGCAUUGCGUAAUUGGCAACUUGCGUGGAAGCGCAACCCUGAGUCCUCGUUGGACCCCAUGAAUCCCAAUGGGCCGCUCACGUUCAAUUCGACAGCACUCCUGAGGUUAGCUUACAUCAGACUGAAUGUCGAUAUUGGCCCUGGACGAGCACUGGACACCAGAGACCCGCUUCAGAUAGCACGUGCUUUCCAUGAUAGCCCGGCACUCAAUAGGACGCCCAAGCUCCUGCGUGCUGUGCUACACUCUGCCCACGCCCUCAGCAUCCCGAUCAAGAUCGGCAUCCAUCUGGUCGCCCAAACUCAGACCUUCAACUGGUCCAUUCAACACUCGCUCUGCACGCUCGAGUGUGCUUACUUGCUGAGCAAAUGGCUCGAAGCCCUCUCCGCACCGAACGUGACUGCAACGCUCAGCUCGGAUGAGCGCAAGAUCGCUUCGCUCGUCAAGACAAUGCUAGACGAGACGGAGUUCGCGGUGCCGUCGGACGUCUCAGUCGAUUCGCCGGCAGCAAUGAAAUACCUCAGCGCAAGCGUGCUAAGGGUGUGGGCGCGUGUGUUCCGAGGAAGUCAGACAUGGGCGAUUGUGGAUAUCAUCGGCGGGGCGCUGGACAUGUAA